AUGUGCUUCCCCAAGGUUUGCAUCGUGGCUUUGCUGGCGGCUGUACCCAGCACCCUCGCCUUUCUCGGAUACGAGGGCGGUGUUCCCGUUGCAACUUACACCAAGACCAACGGCAAUUACAUCGAGGUCCCCAUGGCCACUGUUUACGACGGUGAUGCCGCUGCUGUCUUCCUUCCCAGCCGUCAUGCAACUCUAAAGAAUGCUACCAUUGGUAAAAACCAGAAGGAGGGUCUUCACUGCGGUGGCUCUUGUACUCUCGAGUUUGUGUGGUUUGAAGAUGUCUGCGAGGAUGCCAUCACUCGUGUACGCAAUGUCUACGUCGAGGGUGUUACCGCCUACAACGGCAGCGGAGUAGUUGGCAUCAACACCAACUACGGCGGCAUCGCCAUCAUCAAGAACGUCUGGACCGAUGCCAAGGUCAUGUGA